AUGCACACGCAGCAGAAAAUAUUGUUGCCGCUCCCUAUGUACGUGUACUCGGCGGGCGUCGACAGCGCCCCACCUGCCCAGCAGCUGAGCCCGAGGUACGUGCCCUUGCCCGGGACAAGGUCCCACAAGGCAUCAGACAGCACCUCGACCCCGAGCUCUCCAGACGCGCCGCCCGCUGACGAGGCCAGGGCCUACCUCGUGGACGGCAGCUGGGCAGCCUUCCAGGGACCUGAAUCGCUGCAGGCUUGUUAUGCGAUCGCCGACUUUUUGGAGCUCCCGUCGCCGGCGCCCGAUGAGACGGCGGCGUCGUUCGGCGAUGUCGGUGUCCCCGAGGAGCUCGCCGUCCAGGGCUCCGCUGGAACCGUGCCCAGUGUGGGCCAAUGCGUGCGCUGGUGGGCCCAGGGCAAGUCGCAGAGGCUGUGCCCACUCACCGGAUUCCCCAUCGGGCAGCUACCGUACCCGCCCUUCAAGAUGCAGAUCGGGCACGGCAGCGCGGCCACCCGCGUGCUCGUCGACGGCAAGGCCCUCGCGUUGCAGCUCGUCGCCGAGGGCCACGCCGCGGUCAACGGCCACACGCUAGAGGCCCCGGACAUCGCCGCGCUCGACGACUACCUCCGGCAGUGCAAGCUCGGGCCCUUCCGCCCGAACAAGGCCCAGUCGCUGGCGCGUGCGGUGGCGAGGGCGGGCUCCGCGGCCGAGCGGGCGCGCGCCCGCGCCGAGCUCGAGCGCUUCCGCGGCGCGGCGCGCGAGGCGCUGCGGCGGCUGCGCCGGAUCCAGCAGAGUCGGAUAGCGUCGGGGGGCGCCGGCCAGGCAAGGGCGGCGUCGAGAGGGGGCGCAGCGGCGGGCACGGCUGGUCGCGCCGCGGCGGCGUGA